AUGGGCAAUGGCCCUACCUGCUCGCACCCUCUCUGCCAAACCCAGCGCGGGCUAAGUCCCCGCCGCCGCCGCCGCCGCCGCCACCACCGCCGCGGGGCCGGGCCGGGCCGCGAGUCACUGCGUAGCCGCGGAGGGCGCUCCAGGGUGUCGGCGUGGAGCGGGCGUGCCCGGCUCCUCGGCCUCCAUCUGGCGGCCAGGGCGUCUGCGCGGCCAGGUCUCCAGGCGCCAUGGCGAGAGCCUUCCGACGCCCGGCUCGGGCCCCCGCGAAGUGCUGGGGCGGCAGGGGGUUCCCCGGCGUGGGGAACGGGCUCUGUGAGGUCAGCGCGCCGCGGCCCGGGUCACAAUGCCGUUCUCCCCCUCGACACCCGAGCCCGGUCGCGCCGCAGACACCUGCCCGGCUCCGCCUGGACCGGAGCGUCCUCCCGCGGCCAGGGCUCGGGCAGCUGCCUCCAGCCUGGGAGCGGCCUCGGCCUCCGGCAGGUGAGAACAACCCAGGGGCGAGCGCGGGGAGGGGGUCGCCUGGCGGCCCGGGAGCGGCCUGACAGCCACUCCCCGCGCAGAGCGCCCCGGGGCCUGGACAUGAGUGCCCAGGAGCCCCCGCAGGGUCGGAGAUUCCCCAUUGAGGCCGGAGACUCCCCUGGCCUUGCCGCCGUCCCAGAGUCCCAGGACAGCCCGGAGCCAGUAGCUACGGAGCACAACCCGGUCAGGCCGCUUCGACGCUGCCCGGGCUGCCACUGUCUGACGCUGCUGCACGUGCCCAUCGACGUCUACCUGGCCAUGGGCGGGAGCCCCCGGGCCCGCGCCACCUGAGUGCGCCUGCGCACGGCAGCUCCCCGGGAGCCGGGCGGGGACGAGGCCCUCCGCGGGCCACCACGCUGAGGUCGCACGCGCCGAGCACGAGACAGUGAUGCACAUUUUAAAAUAAAAGAAUGAUGCACAUUUUAAUAAAGCACAGCAUAAACUGUUCUUUCCA